GCAAUGUGCGAUUCUGUAGGCUGUAGCACUUUGUUUCACUAUAGUGAACAAGUUGUUUGGACGGAAGGGGCUCUAGGAGAGAGAAAGAGAGACAGGGUGCAGGAUAGAGGAAGGGAGGGGGAGAGCCAGCACACGACAGGACAGAGGAAGAGAAAGAGGGAGGAAGAGAGCAAAUCUCGUCAUGUCUCUCUUCUUCUUCUGUGUUCAGUGAACUCGGGGCGAUUCGCAGAUAAUGUCCGAGAAUGUCCAUUUCUGGGACUUUGAGCAACUAUUACGUGGACUCCAUCAUAAGUCACGAGAGCGAUGAACUCUCAACCCCGGCUCGCUUCCCCAGCGUCCAGUACUCCGGCUCGAGCUCUGCAGCAGCAGCGGGCGGGAGACAGCCUGGCGGCGCUGCGCACGCCGAGCAUCCCCAUCCCGAGUCGUACCCAUCGUGUAGUUUCCAGCCGAAGCCGCCCGUCUUCUCGCCGUCAUGGAGCCCCUUCAGUCCCCACCACGCUGCCAGUGGCCUCCCCACCGUCUACCACCCUUACAUCCCAGCCCAGCACGUUCCCGCCGCGGACACCCGGUACCUCCGAUCGUGGCUGGACUGCGCGCCGCGCUGCUCCGAGUCUGUGCCGGGGCAGGGCCAGACGGGCCAGGUCAAGCUCGAGCCCCAGCUCGGUCACCUCGGUGGGGAGAUCGCAGGCAAAAUCGGCGGACAGCUCCCGCACGAGACCACCACCUACAUCCUGGAGUCGACUUCCACGGCCGCGCGGGAGAUAAGCCACCACCCAGCCGCCAUCCCGGGAGCACGGUUCGAGGAAAAUAAGGACAUUUGUGAAGGGAGUGAGGACAAAGACGGCGUGGAUCAAAAUGACCCAUCGGCCAACUGGCUGCACGCUCGCUCCUCCAGGAAGAAGCGAUGCCCGUACACCAAAUACCAGACGCUCGAGCUGGAGAAGGAGUUCCUGUUCAACAUGUACCUCACGCGGGACCGGCGGCACGAGGUGGCGCGCGCGCUCAACCUGACGGAACGGCAGGUGAAGAUCUGGUUCCAGAACCGGAGGAUGAAAAUGAAGAAACAGACCAAGGAGCAACCCAAGGACUAGUGGGGCUCUGGCUCAACGCAUUCCGACACACACACACACACACACACACACACACACACACACACACGCACACGCACGCACGCACGCACGCUCACAUGGGUAGCCAAUACAAAGUCCCCUUAUUUUUUAUGUCCACAACACAAAAUGGCCUUCCUAAGAACUACAAGAGUACAGCCCGUUGACUUUCAGACACUAGACCGCGUGAGCUCAGUCCAAAAUCACAGUACAUCUGUGCAACUGAUUCAUUGCUCUAUUGAUCCCCGACAAAGUGCCAGGACGCUGCCACGUUAACACCGAGCUCUUACGCACGUCUGGUGUCCGGUGUAACGAAAAGAGGCUGGACCAGGAAUCCCCAGAGUUUGCGUCAGUGCUCACACACUGACCGUCACUUGUUCCUGGACUUACACAUAUGACUGUUUUAUAAAGUGGUAGCUAUCAUGCACCCGGCAUAUUCACGGUUUUAUAUUCCACUCUUAAUUAGGCUUUGAAAAUUGACUACUUUAUUAAAGGGGGAAAAAGGUAUCAAACCACUCUUACCGUUUUGGUCAACAAAAGGAAGAGGGGGCGGGGGGGGGGGCGCAGACACAGCACAGAGAUAAGUUUUUCUUUUCCCUCAAGCACUGCUAUUCGUCUUAUUGGUUAUAUAUUGGCCCGUUGCUGAAACCGGAGCCGCGCGAAGGUGCUGAAACCGAGGUUUCACAUGACCAUUAAUACGUCAGGGGCUCGCGCGCGCGCGCGCACACAGACACACACACACACACACACACACACACAAACACACGCCCUUCUUCGUCUCUUGUUUCUCUUGUUGAUAGGCGAAUUUGAUUGGAAAGCGCCCGAUGGUCGGCGGUGAUACAGUCUACAAGCCGCCGUUUGUUUCCCGCUUGUCGGCCUAAGUAAUGAGCCGAUACCGGAGGAGCAGGAGGCGGGGGAGGGUUGGAAGUCAACGGGUGGCAGCCGCGUUCAACCCGACUCAGCAACCUGGGAUGCGAUUAGACUGAUGUCGAUAUUGUAAAUCCCCAACCUCCAGCUACCUGUCCGGAUGCUUUAUGAACGGCGGCGGCUGCGGCGGUGGCUCAUUCGCGACUCUUAUCGGCUAUCGAUAAUCGUCCGCCCUGCGUCACAUCAGCCUCGAGCCGGCUGUGUUGAUCUGAGAGGAGAUAGCACCAAGCGACACCAUUUUUUCGCCCAUCGGUCUUUAAGUUAGGUUUCUAACAAAGGCUCCGUUUUGUGCAAAUCUCAGAUUUGUGUGAAGUUGGCCCUGAUCAUCCACCCCACUAAUAACGCAGGUACACUUUUGCUUGGCACAACAAGGUCUCAGACAGUGUCACCCGAACUCUUCUUUCUUCGACAUGUCAGCCUAAACGAAUCCGCAUUGAUGUAUUUUUUUGUUAUAAAGUCUAAAUAUUAAUGUCAGAUGAUGCGCACAUAGUCCAUGUGUCCAUGCAACUUAGCAAAGACAAACUAUUCAGUAUCUUCUCUGGGAUCACCUUCCAAUCUUUAUUAAUAGCAUUUUACGAAAGAAUCAGCUCUAUUUUUUUAUACAUACAAUUAUAUUGUGUAUUAUCUGCUAUGCAAGGCAGUUUUUUUCCCUCUCAUUCAGGAAUAAAGCCUAUACAGCCGCGACGGUUACGCAGCCCGUGACUGACGACAGAGCGAAUGUGUUAACACGUUCGCUGAACUCCUGGACAGGGUGUUUUUAAUUUAACUAUACAGGUUUUGUUACCACAUAACACCAAGCGACAGAGCAGCACACACGAGUAUUAUUAUCCGGUCAGAAGUUAAGUUUCCGCAGUUUGUUUUUUUACUGAUGCCAGACAGUGUCGGAGACAAGAGAGGCCGCGUUGGAAGGCCGAGCGGCCGCCGUGUCGCUGUGCGAAGUGUCGGCACGGUUAAAUUGCGUCCGAUGGCAGUUUUAUGGGCGGAUCAUAAACAACACAUUGGCUUUACAGCGUUUACAUCGCAGUGUGUGUGUGUGUGUGUGUGUGUGUGUGUAUGUAUGUGUGUGUGAGAGAGACUUAAUGGUUUCCUGUGCAAAAACAUUUUAAAAGUUAGACACCAAUAUCACACACACACACACACACACACACACACACACACACACACGCACACACACGCACACACACCCUUUUGCUCCAGUUUCAUUUACCAGCAGAACGUGAACGUGUCCACACAAACUCAGCCUCAUUUGCGAAGUCUUACACUCAGAACAUUUUCAUCGACGAGAGAUCAAAUCCUCUUUUUUUUCGGAGUAAAUAUGUUUACAUAGUUUUCGCAUGCCUCAAGUCAUUUGAAGACGUUACGUCAUCGUUUAGCUCUUUUGUGUUAAAUCUGUGGGAGGGAAAAUGCUAAUAGUAAACAAAAAUUAAAAAUUAAAAAAAAAGACUAAGUAGAAGGUUUUGGUAGGAAAUGUUCCUAAUUUAUUGUAUAUAAUAUUAGUCACCUCGUCUUUCUUAUUGAAAUGAAAUAUGCUCAUAAUACGUUGUUUUCUCCUGUCAGGACAUGGUAUCUUACUGUAAUAUAUAUAUAUAUAGAUGAUUUCUCCCCUCUGUUUGUCACGUUGUUUAGGUUCUGUUUGUGUUUCCCAUGUUGUUGUGCCGACUGUCCGAAAGAUCUGUUCUCACGUCAGUCCGAUGAGCUCUUCACUUCCUGUCUGUGAUUUGUUUAACAGUGAACACAAUAGUGAUGCCUGCGGAACCCAGAUGAAGCAAUGUUUCCACAUGAAUAAUCAUUUUUCAUCUAAAAUUACCGAACAUGUUGAUUCAUGCUCUCUCUCUCUCAGUGUUUACUCUGCUGACAGAAGGGACAAAGUCCCUGGAGUUAUUUUCUUGUUCUUAUAAAAUAUGAACUCAGCUCCGGGAGUCUUUUUUUUAAUUUCUCUCCGCUUUUUAAUGGGACAAAUCGAAUCCAUGUGGUCACAGUAGAUGCUUUAAUGACGAGCAGUAGAACAUGCUGUCACUCUGCUCCUCUCCUCCAUGGGAGAUGUCCCACUUCCCACUUGUGUGUUUUCUCUCUCUUCAUUCUUCUGUGUUGUCUUCUCUUGUUUAUUUGUGCGAUUGCACUGCUGAUGCUGGAAUUCCUAUUAAAGAGCUGACUUUUUACAGUAUACGACCGUG